AUGGCUGAAAUCGCGACGGAAGUUAACGGCGUCGACGGUCGAGAUCUUCACUCGCUUCUCUCUUCUCCGGCGAGGGAUUUCCUCCUCCGUAAUGACGGCCAACAGGUGAAGAUUGACAGCUUGAAAGGGAAGAAGAUUGGACUGUAUUUUUCAGCUGCAUGGUGUGGACCAUGUCAGCGCUUCACUCCACAGCUGGUGGAAGUGUACAAUGAACUCGUUGCAAAAGUUGGUUUCGAGGUUGUCUUUGUGUCGGGAGAUGAGGAUGAAGAGUCUUUUAGAGAUUAUUUCAGUAAGAUGCCGUGGCUUGCUGUCCCGUUUACUGAUUCAGCAACCCGUGAUCAUUUGGAUGAGGUGUUUAAGGUUAGGGGUAUUCCCAACCUAGUGGUGAUCGAUGAUCAGGGUAAACUUGAGAAUGAGAAUGGGGUCGGUGUCAUUCGUAGCUAUGGAGCUGAUGCUUAUCCUUUCACACAAGAGAGAAUGAAGGAGAUAAAAGAUGAAGAAGAUAGAGCUCGGAGAGAACAGACCUUAGCAUCCGUCUUGGUGACUCCUUCACGGGACUUUGUGAUUGCCCGAGACGGAAACAAGGUGCCAGUAUCAGAGCUUGAAGGCAAAACUAUUGGUCUUCUCUUCUCAGCGGGCUCUUACAGGCGAUGCACCGAGUUUAGUCCAAAACUUGUUGAGGUUUAUAACAAGUUGAAGGAGAAAGGGGAGGAUUUUGAGAUUGUGCUGAUAUCUCUUGAAGAUGAUGAGGAGGCUUUCAAGCAGGACUUUGAGACCAAGCCAUGGCUAGCAUUGCCAUUCAAUGACAAAAGCUCAUCGAAACUGGCUCGGCACUUCAUGCUAUCAACACUACCAACGCUGGUCAUUCUCGGGCCUGAUGGAAAAACCCGUCACUCAAAUGUUGCUGAAGCUAUUGAGGACUAUGGCAUUGUCGCAUAUCCUUUCACUCCAGAGAAGUUUAGAGAACUUAAGGAGAUAGAGAAGGCAAAGGCAGAGGCUCAAACACUCGAGUCACUUCUUGUCUCGGGUGAUCUUAACUACGUUCUCGGAAAAGAUGGGGCUAAGGUGCUUGUUUCUGAUCUGGUGGGGAAGAACAUUCUUUUGUACUUCUCAGCCCACUGGUGUCCUCCAUGUCGCGCUUUUACACCAAAGCUUGUUGAAGUGUACAAGCAGAUAAAGGAGCGGGAUGAAGCGUUUGAGUUGAUCUUCAUCUCCAGUGACCGGGACCCGGAAGCAUUCAGUGAGUACUACUCGCAGAUGCCAUGGCUUGCUCUUCCAUAUGGUGAUCCAAGGAAACCGACCUUGUCCCGAGCCUUUAAGGUCGGUGGCAUCCCAAUGCUAGCAGCUCUGGGACCAACUGGGAAAACCGUAACAAAAGAAGCAAGGGAUCUUGUGCUAGCCCAUGGAGCUGAUGCUUACCCUUUUACUGAGGAACGUUUGAACGAGAUUGAAGCCAAGUACAAUGAGAUGACAAAAGAGUGGCCUAAGAAGGUGAAGCAUGCGCUUCAUGAAGAACAUGAGCUAGAAUUGACUCGUGUUCAGGUCUACAUGUGCGAUAAGUGUGACGAAGAAGGGCGGAUAUGGUCUUACCAUUGUGAUGAGUGCGACUUUGAUCUUCAUGCCAAGUGUGCUUUAAACGAGGAGACAAAAGCUACCGGGGAUGCGCCUGUGAAAGAAGGUGGCGGCGAGUCUAAUGAUGGCUGGGUUUGUGAUGGAAAUGUGUGCACCAAGGCCUGA